AUGGAGAUGGAUGCCGCUAAUGGCAAGCACUCUGUUGGCGGAGGCAGCGGCGUCGGAAGCUUGCUCCGGCCACCGCGGAUAUUCUGCAUCACGCUGCUCUCGAUCGUCUUCUGGGCCCUGAUAAUCUACUUCGUCUCCACCAUGCAAGGCAAUAUGGCGUCCCUUCUCCUCAAGCCCUCGGCCUUCUCCCUUCCGUCCUUCCGCUUCGGCCGGGACCGGUGCGUCGGCCGGUACAUCUACAUGUACGACCUGCCGCCACGGUUCAACGCCGACCUCGUCCGCCGCUGCCGCCAGUUCUCGGUCACCGACGACAUCUGCAAGCUCAUGGUGAACGACGGGUUCGGCGCGGAGCUCCCGCCCGGUGACUCCCUGCCGGAGAAGGGAGCCUACGACACCGACCAGUACAUGCUGGAGCUCAUCUACCACGCGCGGAUGAAGAGGUACGAGUGCCUCACCGCCGACCCCUCAACGGCCGCCGCCGUGUAUGUACCCUUCUACGCCGGGUUUGAUGCGUCACUGAACCUGUGGAAGAGCAACCUCACGGACCGUGACGCCCUGUCGCGGGACAUGGCGGACUGGCUUGUGCGGCGGCCCGAGUGGCGCGCCAUGUGGGGCCACGACCACUUCCUGGUCGCCGGACGGGCUACAUGGGAUUUCAUCCGGAGCAAAGACGGCGGCUGGGGCAAUCCCUUGAUGACAUACCCGGCCAUCCGCAACAUGACGGUUCUCACCAUCGAGGCCAGCCCGUGGCAGGGCAACGACUUCGCAGUGCCAUUCGCGUCGCACUUCCACCCUUCCUCCGACGCCGACGUGCUCCGCUGGCAGGACCGCAUGCGCCGGCAGGAGCGCAGGUCGCUCUGGGGCUUCGCCGGCGGGCCACGCCCCGGCAAUACGACGGUGCGCGCCCAGAUUAUAGAGCAGUGCGGCAAGUCGAGCAGUUGCGCAAUGUUCGGCGCCAAGUCGUACCACAGCUCGCCGGAUCAGAUCAUGGGGCUGCUGGAGAGCGCCGAGUUCUGCGUCGAGCCAUGCGGCGACUCCUUCACCCGCAAGUCCACCUUCGACGCCAUCCUUGCUGGCUGCAUCCCGGUCUUCUUCCACCCGAUCUCCGCCUACACCCAGUACACCUGGCACCUGCCCAGGGACUACAGGAGCUACUCGGUGUUCAUCCCCCAGAUCGAUGUGGCCAAGCGGAACGUCAGCAUCGAGGAGGAGCUGAGGAAGAUACCGCCGACGAAGGUGGCGCAGAUGCGAGAGGAGGUGAUCCGGCUCAUACCGAGGGUGAUGUACAGGGAACCCAUGGCCAAGGGCCUGGUGUUCAAGGACGCGUUCGAUGUCGCUGUGGCUGCGGUCAUCGACAGAGUGGCGAAGCGCCGCCGUGCCACGGCUGAGGGACGCGAGUACAACGACAGCUUCGACGGAUAUUUUAGUUGGAAGUAUGACUUGCUAGAGCGUGGGCAGAAGGAUAUAGGCCCGCACGAGUUUGAUCCAUAUAUGUGA